AUGAUGCUUGGAGCUCCAAUGACUGCUUUAAUUACCAUUUUAAAUCCUUUGGUAACUUUAUUAACUGUUAAAAAUUAUAGAAGACUUAUUUUUAAAUGUAAUAAAGCAGAUAUACAAACAAAUGUAAAUAAUAAUCAGACAAGACAUACAGCAUUUUCAAACAGAAAUAAUGUUAUUAUACCUCAAUGA